AUGGCUCCAUUCUUGAAGCUCUUCCCCUUAUUUCAAACAAUUUCACUUGUAUAUGUAUUGCUCACAGUCACAUGCGCUGGAUCAUCAAUAAACAAUGAUGAGGAAUGCUCAGCCUUGGUUCAGUUUAAGCAAAGCAUAAUUCAUCAAGAUGAUGCGAUUUGCACUACUAGUUGGUUUCAAACGUUUCACACUUGGAAGCCUACAGGCAAUGCAUCAGAUACUAGUUUUGAUUGUUGUUCGUGGUAUGGGGUGGAGUGCAGCAACGAUGAUACGUACAGUCAUGUGAUCAGCGUUGACUUGAGUGAAAACUUUCUUUGUGGGCAUAUCAACUCUAGCAGCACCCUCUUCAGCCUUCUUCAUCUUCAGAGCCUCAACCUUGCCAUGAACAACUUUCGUGGAUCUCAAAUCCCAUCUGAGAUUGCUCAUCUAAAGCAAUUAAGAAGCCUUAAUCUCUCUUAUUCUGGGUUUAGAGGCCAAAUCCCAAUUGAAAUUUCACAAUUGAUCCAAUUGUAUUCUUUAGAUCUGUCAAUGAAUCCACUAAAGCUUCACAGUCCUAGCCUCCAUAACCUAGUGCAAAACUUAACCCUACUCGAAAAACUCGAUCUCUCAGAGGUUGACAUUAGUUCUUCUGUACCUCAUUUCUUGGCCAACUUUUCUUCUUUGAGGUCAAUCCGGCUACAUAAUUGUUCGCUUCGGAAUGAAUUUCCAGCCAUACUUGAGCUACCAAAAUUGAAAUUUCUGAGUGUGGCAUACAAUACUAACCUCACUGGUUCCCUUCCCGAAUUUCGUAACAAUAGCUUACUUGAACAUGUGGAUCUAGGUUACACAAGUUUUUUUGGGAUUGUGCCUGAAUCCAUAAGCAACCUAAACCAUUUGGGAGUUUUGCGCCUUUCAGGAUGCGGUUUCUCAGGACAAAUUCCGAGUUCACUCUCUAACCUGACACAACUCACUGGCUUGGGUCUUGCCAACAAUAAGUUCACAGGCUUUGUUCCUCCAUUGGUAAGUCUUUUGAAACUCAAUGUUUUGGAGCUUAGUGGCAACAGAUUUGAGAAGGAACGCUUUCCGAAUUGGCUUGGCAAGCUGACUAAACUUAAUGAACUGUAUGCACAUGAUAUGAACAUAAAUGGUGAAAUCCCACCCUUUCUUGCAAACCUAACCAAACUUUGUGUUGUCCUAAUGGGAAAUAAUUUGCUUACCGGUCAUAUACCAUCCUCAUAUUUCAACCUCACCCAACUAAGAAAGUUGAGCCUUGAAGAAAAUCAAUUGCAAGGGACAGUUUCAAGCUCAUUUUCCAACUUCAAAAGUCUUCAAGAUCUUCGCCUACAGUCAAACGAUCUCAAUGGAAGAGUAGACUUAGACAUGCUUCUAGAACUCAAGAAACUUCAAGUUUUCGCGUUAGGUUAUAACAGGAUAUUGUUAGUAACCACCGAUAAUUACACCAAUAAUACCUUACCAGAAUUGGAACACUUAGACCUGACAUCAUGCAACUUGAAGAAAUUUCCUGCCUUUCUGCAGUUCCAAGAUAAAAUGACUCACUUGCUUCUUGGCGACAACAAAAUGUAUGGCCUGGUACCGGUGUGGAUCUGGAACAACAGCCAAGAAACAUUACAAGUUAUUGACCUUUCAUACAACUUCAUCACCGGAUUGGAUCAGCAUCCUAAUUUCCUACCAUGGAAACAUUUAGAAGCGUUUUUCAUCGGGAAUAAUCAGGUACGACAGCUACCAAUUCCACCACAGACCACAGUUGUUUAUGACAUCUCAAAUAACAAUUUGACAAGAGAAAUACCACCAUUCAUAUGUGAACUAAAAUCUCUUCAAGUGUUAGAUUUGUCUUCUAACAACAUGAGUGGAAUUCUUCCUUCAUGUUUCAGUAGCUUACGCAAUUCAUUAAUGGUUUUGAAUCUGAGACGAAAUAGUUUUCAUGGCAUAAUCAUGCAUGCGUUCAUGCAUCAAUGCCGGUUGGAAAGUAUUGAUUUGAGUGAAAAUGGAUUUGUGGGUCAGCUGCCCAAAUCAUUAAAAAGGUGUACUAAUUUAGAGGUCCUCUCUCUUGGUGAUAACUCUUUUGAUGAUGUCUUCCCUUAUUGGCUGGGAACUCUUGCCAAGCUGCAAGUUCUCAUUUUGCGUUCCAACAAAUUUUAUGGUCCAAUUCAAGGUUCAACAAACGUUUCCACACAAUUCCCAAAGUUGCGGAUAAUAGAUCUCUCUAACAACAAUUUUAACGGUCAGUUGCACCAAAAGUACUUCCAAACAUGGAAUGCCAUGAAAUCCAUUUAUGUUGGGGAAUCAUUUGUUAUGGAAUCGGAGAUACCCUCAGCCUCUGGAACAUUCAAUACAAAAUCAUCAUACCCCAUGACGCUGAUACACAAUGGUAUAAGAACAGAAUACGAACAAAUUUUAACCAUAUUCACGGCUAUUGAUCUAUCUUGUAACCAUUUUAAAGGAGAAAUCCCACAAUCACUCCAAGAUCUUCGAGGGCUUGAAUCACUUAAUCUUUCCAACAAUCAUUUUACUGGACAUGUCUUUCCAUCGCUGGGGUACCUAAAGAAUCUUGAAUCUUUAGAUCUCUCCAGAAAUGAACUAUCUGGAGAAAUUCCUCAACAGUUGGUAAAACUCAGCUUCCUAUCCAUUUUCAAUGUGUCAUUCAACCAUCUUGAGGGGCGCAUACCCCAAGGGCAACAAUUUAAUACAUUCGAGAAUUCCUCCUAUGAGGGGAAUCCUGGAUUGUGUGGAAUACCUUUAUCCAAGGAAUGUCAAGAUUCAAAGGCGUCAAGACUUCCACAAUCUGAGUCUCUCCCCUCAAGUAAAAGAAUUGAUUGGACUAUCAUAUCCUCUGGAUUUGGAAGUGGGCUGGCUGUUGGGAUGUUCAUUGGAAACUUUCUACAUACAAGAUAUAGUGAUCGGUUCAGAAGAAAUACAAAUGGAUAA